CGGCGCGCUCUGACGUCACGUCCGGCGGCGGUGGCGGCGGCGUCGUCGUCUCUGAACGGACGGCCCGGCACUUAACGCCGGGGCAGUUGACGGACCAUGGACGGCUCCUUCGUCCAGCACAGUGUAAGGGUUCUGCAGGAGCUCAACAAGCAGCGGGAGCGGGGCCAGUACUGCGACGCCACCCUGGACGUGGGGGGUCUGGUGUUCAAGGCGCACUGGAGUGUCCUCGCCUGCUGCAGCCGCUUCUUCCAGAGCCUCUACGGGGAUGGCUCAGGGCGCAGUGUCGUCCUCCCGGCCGGCUUCGCCGAGAUCUUUGGCCUCCUGCUGGACUUCUUCUACACUGGCCACCUCGCCCUCACCUCGGGGAACCGGGAUCAGGUGCUCCUGGCGGCCAGGGAGUUGCGGGUGCCGGAGGCUGUAGAGCUGUGCCAGAGCUUCAAGCCCACAGCCUCGGUGGGACAGGCACCAAGUGGCCGGAGCGGGCUGGGGAAACCCGCCCCUCGGGAUGCGAGCAGCCACCUCGAGGAGCCAGCAAGCUGGGAGGAAGAGGAAGUUCCGAGGACGCUGGGCCAAACCCCCGGGGAUCAGGAGCUCAGCGGCAGUCCCAGCCUCCAGAGGCCCCAGCUUGGUCUCCCUCCUCAGAGUGAGAACCCCUCCUUCCUCCGUGGGAAACUCAAGCAGGCUCUGAAGCUUAGUCCCCCUGAGAACAAGGAGCCUGAGGAUUGCAGAGUGCCCCCAAGGCCCUUUGAGGCUGAAGGUGUCCAGCUGCAGGGCGGGAGUAACGAGCAGGAAACACACUGGGGAGAAACCCUUCGAGUGUCCCAAAUGCGGGAAAUGUUACUUUCGGAAGGAGAACCUCCUGGAGCACGAAGCCCGGAACUGCAUGAACCGCUCGGAACAGGUCUUCACGUGCUCCGUGUGCCAGGAGACAUUCCGCCGGAGGAUGGAGCUGCGGGUGCACAUGGUGUCCCACACGGGGGAGAUGCCCUACAAGGUCAGGCUCGGCUUGUCCCCAUGGCUGGGGGCCGAGGGGCGACCCCAGGGGCCCUCCCGCCUAGCCCUUUACCUGGGAUGGUGUCGGGGGGCCUCCCCCUCACCAGUCGUCGAGGAGCCCUGCCCUCCCUCCCCGUGUCCCCGUGUCCGGUGCUCCUGCAUCUUUGGGCAGGGCUGCCGUUUCUUUCCGCGGAGGGCAGCCUCAGCCUCGGCGUGGGCGUAGCACCAGAGGCCCUCCCCAGUGUGGCCUUCACGCCCGGUCGGGAGCAUCUCGGGCUGUGCCCUGCCUUUGGGUUCCCAACCUGGCAGCCUGGGGGCCUCAGGCGACCGCGGCCUGUCUUCCAGUGCGCCUCCUGCUCGCAGCAGUUCAUGCAGAAGAAGGACCUGCAGAGCCACAUGAUCAAGCUGCACGGAGCGCCCAAGCCCCACGCGUGUCCCACCUGUGCCAAGUGCUUCUUGUCCCGGACGGAACUGCAGCUGCACGAGGCUUUCAAGCACCGUGGGGAGAAGCUCUUUGUGUGUGAGGAGUGCGGCCACCGGGCGUCGAGCCGAAACGGCCUGCAGAUGCACAUCAAGGCCAAGCACAGGAACGAGAGGCCGUACGUCUGUGAGUUCUGCAGCCACGCUUUCACCCAGAAGGCCAACCUCAACAUGCACCUGCGCACGCACACAGGCGAGAAGCCCUUCCAGUGCCACCUCUGCGGCAAGACCUUCCGCACCCAAGCCAGCCUCGACAAGCACAACCGCACCCACACCGGCGAGAGGCCCUUCAGCUGUGAGUUCUGCGAGCAGCGCUUCACGGAGAAGGGGCCCCUGCUGAGGCACGUGGCCAGCCGCCACCAGGAGGGCCGGCCCCACUUCUGCCAGAUCUGCGGCAAGACCUUCAAAGGUGCCUUGGCCCUGCCCCGGGUGAGCCCCGGGUUGGGGAGAGAGGGCCACAGGGGCUGUCACAGGCUCCUCCACUGUGGAAGCUUCUGGCCCGCAGGCAGGGGCGGAGGCUCCCCAGGGCCUUGGGCAGUAGUGACCUCAGGGUGGCGCCGGAGAGCCUGGCAGGGCCCAGAACCACCGCCGCAGGCUGUGUCUCCUCUCCGGGCCGGAGCCCUGCUCCCGCCCCGACACUGGGCCCUUCCCUCCUGCAGCCGUGGAGCAGCUGCGCGUGCACGUGAGGAGGCACAAGGGGGUCAGGAAGUUCGAGUGCACCGAAUGCGGCUACAAGUUCACCCGGCAGGCCCACCUGCGGAGGCACAUGGAGAUCCACGACCGGGUGGAGAACUACAACCCACGGCAGCGCAAGCUCCGGAACCUGGUCAUUGAGGACGAGAAGAUGGUGGUGGUGGCGCUCCAGCCGCCCACCGAGCUGGAGGUGGGCUCGGCUGAGGUCAUCGUGGAGUCGCUGGCCCAGGGUGGCCUGGCCUCCCAGCUCCCUGGCCAGAGACUGUGUGCGGAGGA